AUGCAAUCGUUAACAGUAUGUGCGCUAGCACUUUUGCUAGUAAGUCCAGCACUGGCCCGGCCGAACCUUCUGGAACCGAUCUACCUUCGGCGCCGCAGCAACCCGCUGGAAAUCGUCGAGGAGAGCGUCGAGACGAGUACCCUCUUGUCGAGCCAACCGGCAGCCGUCAGCCAGACCAGCACGGAAAAGCUGUCCACCGGAACGACACCGACCAGCGGAAGCGGCACCACAAGUACCGCCGGAAGCACCUCCACCCACCAACCCAGCCUUCACUCCUUCAAGCGACCCGAGCUGCUGAAAACGAAGAUCGGCACGUCGGGCUUCGUGGUGUCCACGAGCACGAAGGUGCUGACGGGGGGUGCUAGUGCCGCAUCCGGCCACUCCUCGGCGAAGACGAUCCGGCCCCAACCUGCUAACGCGGGUGUUGCCUCGGGCGAGGCGAAAGCGAACGAUCAACUAACACUCUUUGAUCGCUAUUCAGGACAUGCGGGAGUUGCGGAACCGAUGACGGACGAGGAGUACCAGAACGAGCUGCAUCGUGCCACGGAACGGGUGCUCCCGAGGACGACCACUCCACGGGAAGGCCUUUCGACAUGGGUGCUACUGUCCGGAAGCGACUCGAGCGAGCUACAGGGUGACUCCACGAGCACCACACGUAAGGCACCGAUAGCGAAGUCCACGACGACAACCACAACCAGUACGACCACGGCCAAGCCAAUUGCUACCAAGCGGUAUCAACCAACAACUCGACGCAUUAUGCCUACGACGACUCCACGUGUUGCGCGAACGACGACCCCUUCAACUUCCACUGGUUCCGAGGAGAAGAAGGACAAGUUUAACAAACCAACGCCUAAGCUGAAGGUUGCCACGACCACCCUCAAGCCGGUCAUCGUGAAGAAGGUGAAAAAGCCGCCAGUAACAACGACCACAACGACUACCACGACUACAACUCCCAAGCCGACCACUACCACGACGACGACGACGACGACAGAGAUGGUCAUUACGGAGCAGAGCCCAUCGACGGUGGCCAACGAUCUAGCUGCGGCCGUCACCGAGGACAGCUCGGUGGAAUCAUCCACUUUCUUGAUCAUGGAACCGAAGGACGCACUGUUCGAUCUGCCAGAGGAUCGCUCCCCAGCGAAGACGGCGCCAGCUGCCAUCGCUAAAGGGAAGAAACCGACGAGGAAACCUAACGCCAAAUCGCCAGCAGGCACGAAAAAGAAACCGGCCAACAAGAAGAACCGCAAGCCCGAGGUAAAGGACGGAGUGCCCGGAGAGAAGAAGCCGGCCGCGAACAAAAACAAACCCGUGUCGACGCAAAUCAUCAACUACCUUUCGCGCGAGGUUAUGCCAACGGUCGGCGUUGGUCUGGUAGGGUUGGUCAUGGCCGCUGGAUUGGCUUCGUACUUCCUUGGAAGUCCGUUGGGAGCUCUGAGACGUUCCGAUGAUCGUAAGGAUGAUUUGUACUAUUCGAACUACGAAGAGUACGCCGGUCCGGAUGGGCAGAACGAAGAGGAUGUGUUUGGGAAGCUGAUCGCGGGUAUGCCGGAUCGUGCGUACUACCGUAAUAAUGCCGUCCGGCGACGCACUCAACAGCCGGUUCGUACCGGUCAUCAGUACUACCAUGUGCAGCCUUAUUCGGCUAACAAGUACCCGCACAUUACGUACCGUAACCGGGCUUACGCUGGAGCACCGAAUGGCCAGAGUGCCCCCGAGACGAUGUACACGAACAUCAACCGGCAGGCGCAGGUGCAGCCGAGUCAGGCAAAGUCUCAGAACGAAUUCUACUACAACACUCCACCGACUCCGUACUACCCGACGAGAUCGGUUGCGAUCGAGGCAGCUACUCGCCAGCCAGCACCUGUCUAUAGCUCGACCUAUGUGCCGUCUACGAGUAGCACAACCAUUCCGACCCCAAGUGCUCCUUUGUCGACGCCGGAAGCCGCACCGGCGGCAGCGGCAGAUCCCAUCGUUGAGCCCGAACACGAGAUGAUGCCACAUCCGGAAGCCUACUCGGCGGAGCACAGUCCCGAACAUCACGCACAUUACGUCGUUGGAAGCAGCUACGGUGCGGACGGUAUGGAUAUGUAUGGGUCCGUGCCGGAACAUGGUCCACGCCGGAAGCGCGACGUGCAGGUGGACGACGCCGACUUUGACAACGAGAUCGAUGUGGAUGAAGAUCGUGUAAAGGAUGAUUCCUCUGUGGUAGUAGAAGGUGCAUCAUCGCCGGCCACUGCAUCGGAAGAGGUGACGGACGCGACCACCGAUAGCACGGGGGAGAUGGAAACGACGACCGCAGUUACGACCGGGGGCGAUGGACACCGGUACACCUGGGGAGACUUUAUACGCAACACCGUCGAGCGGAAGGUGGCUAUGGGCAUCCACUUCCUCCAGCACGUCACGAUGGACUUCCAGCGGUACCUAAAUGGUGUACAGAAUCACUUCCAACACCCCCCGCACAACCCAACCAACGAACACCGUCGACAGCAUUAG